UCCCCACUAGUCCUUAUAGGUCUCUCUGCGCUGGUACUAGGGACCGCGGCAGGCCGAGAGGGAGGUACGGGUGGGGAGAAGGGACAGGUCCGGGCAGAGCUCGGGGGUUGGCACCAGUUCGCGCACGCACUUGUCCCAGUUCUAGCUGACCGCAGUAGCUGCGUCUUCUGCGCUCCAGUACCCUGAGCUCAUCUGCAAACGUCCUGGCGUCCGUCCUCACCAUGCCUAGCCUUUGGGAUCGCUUCUCGUCGUCCUCUUCGUCCUCGUCCUUGUCCCGAAGUCCCACCCCAGAUCAGCCGCCACGCUCAGCCUGGGGGUCGGCGGCCCGAGAAGAGGCACUCGGCCGCUGCGCGAGCCUGGAGAGCUCGGACUGCGAGUCCCUGGACAGCAGCAACAGUGGCUUUGGGCCGGAGGAAGACUCUUCUUACCUGGAUGGGGUGUCCCUGCCCGACUUCGAGCUGCUCAGCGAUCCCGAGGAUGAGCACCUGUGUGCCAACCUGAUGCAGCUGCUGCAGGAGAGCCUGGCCCAGGCACGGCUGGGCUCGCGGCGCCCUGCACGCCUGCUGAUGCCCAGCCAGCUGGUGAGCCAGGUGGGCAAAGAACUACUGCGCCUGGCCUACAGCGAGCCGUGCGGGCUGCGGGGGGCGCUGCUAGACGUCUGCGUAGAGCAGGGCAAGAGCUGCCACAGCGUGGGUCAACUGGCUCUCGACCCCAGCCUUGUGCCCACCUUCCAGCUGACCCUCGUGCUGCGCCUGGACUCACGCCUCUGGCCCAAGAUCCAGGGGUUGUUUAGCUCCGCCAACUCUCCCUUCGUCCCCGGCUUCAGCCAGUCCCUGACGCUGAGCACAGGCUUCCGAGUAAUCAAAAAGAAGCUGUACAGCUCAGAGCAGCUGCUCAUUGAGGAGUGUUGAACUUGGGUCUGGGGGGCCGAUACUGACCCCAUGACAGAGACAGUUGAACUUUUGGGGUGGACAUUGGCAGGCAGAAGCUGAGGGACUGCUGCCUGUCGUUAGAAAACUGACAACAGCCACCUGUGGGGAGGAAGGUCAAGGUGAGGGGAACACGGUGUUUCCCUAGGAAGCUCACUGAGGUGUGGACAGGUGGCUCCCACUUGGGCUCACACGCUGCCCCUCAGUACUGUAGCAUGAAACAAAGGCUUAGGGGCCAACCAGGCUUCUGGCUGGAUGUGUAUGUAGCAUGUACCUUAUUAUUUUUAUUGUUACUGACAGUUAAGACAACAGUGGUGUGACAGAGCCAUGAGAGCAGCUGGGCUGCACUGGCAUCUGCAAGGGAUGUGUGCUCACGGUAGCUGGCUCUGGUGGGGGGGGGUCAUCGAGGUGGUUUGUGUGUAUCAUGGUCUGAAGGGACCAAAUGUUUGUUCUUUGUUGUUUUUGUAUCUUUUUUUUUUUUUGAUUGGAGCUUCACUACUGACCUGUUCUAGGCAGCUAUCUUACAGACGCAUGAAUGUAAGAGGAGAAAGGGGUGGGUGUUGGGAU